UCAAUUCUUUACCUCGUUCAUCUUCCUUGCCUUGCUACUGCCAUAUUACAUGCUUACAUUCUGAAUUCUCAAAAUCAAUGCACCAGCAUGUUACUGAUAUUACCUGUGGCAUAAUGCUUAAUUUCUUUUAAGAACAUCUCUUCAGAUGUGGAGACUACAGAGUAAUUGCAUAUGCAGAAGUAUGUGUUUUAUGCUUGAAGUAGAAUAGCAUUUAGUUUUAAAGGACCACUCAAUACCAGAAGAUCUGUGCGAGUUAUCUGGGAGAAAAGAAGAUAAAAAAACUAGCACAAUUGAUUUCUUAAGAUCUUUUUCCUUUUCCAAAUAUGUUGUUAAACAGAGCGACUAUUAAUUGAAGAUGCUAGAGGGAAUUUGGCUUCAAGUAAUGAUCAAUUGGCCUGAGAAUAAUUGAUGCUAAUUGUUUUGGAAUAAAAAGAUUCAUGUAGCGAACAUUAAUAGCUUGGCUAUGUGAAAGUUAAAGAUGUAUGUUCUGUUUCGUGGUCCAACUAGCAGUUACUACUCCUUGGUAAAAGGGCAAGUAUGGUUAGAUGAAAAGAUAGGUAAAGAUUGAUAAAUUAUUUUGUGUGGUGAAACUGAGUUCAUCUGUUAUCUAUAUUAGCUUCUAAUGCUGUGUACAAAAAUUGGGUCCCUCUUCCCUUGUAAUAUAUUUUGGGUCAGAAUAUUUUGCUGUUGAACCAGUUCUAUAUGUAGAUUUCUUAUUAGUUUCCAUGUUGAAUAAAGCUCGAUCUCCAGAUCUGAUACGAUCACUUCAUUGCAUCACUAUAAUUAAUGCUACUGCAUAGCAAGCAAUAAUAACUGCUCCCCCGUAAUUUGCAGAAGUAAAUCAGGAGAAAUUGUAGAAGCUGGCGAUCUCACAUCUUUGUUGACUCAAAACCUCUGAGAAACCAUACAUAGAGUUGCGGCAGGUGCCAUUGCAAAUUUAGCAAUGAAUGGAGCUGAUAAUGAAUCAAGGGGUAAUUAGUUUGUUAUCUAUCACAGCAGCCAAUGGUGAAGAUCCAGAAACCCUUCGAAUGGUUGCUGGAGCCAUUGCUAAUCUUUGCGGAAACGAUAAAUUACAGAGCAAGCUAAGGGCAGAAGGUGGCAUUAAGGCAUUGCUAGGAAUGGUCAGAUGUGGGCAUCCAGAUGUUCUUGCACAAGUUGCCUGUGGGAUUGCAAAUUUCACAAAAUUCGAGUCUAGGGCAUCUACACAAGGUAAAAGACUAUUAAAAAGGUCUUCCUGUGGUUGUCUUCAAGACUUCAAUUGUAUUCUGUGCUUAUCAAAUACUAUUAAAGAAUUAUUGCAUUGAAACAUAUACAGUUUAAUCAUCCUUUGGACUGAGCUAAUCUGG